CUGCUUCCCCUGCCUCAGCUGGCCCUGACAGACAGAGACGGAGACGGUAGACGGAGACAGGGCUGCGGACACCACCGAGACACCGGAACCAUGGCCCGGCUGUCUCUAUGGACAGUCUGUGUGUGGACAGCAGUGACCGUCCCUGUGUGGCACGCAUUGGAGAUCCAAUACCCAGCAAGAGGCAAAAGAGAAAAUCUCAACUGCAAGUGCAAGAAUAAGGCCUGUCAGGCUGUGUUCUGGUGCUGGAUGGGUCAAGGCACCGGAAACAAGCUGCAGUUUCUCCUGUACUACAACAACGCAGAGCGGGUUGAGUACGCCAACGACGCCCUGAAAAGCAAUUUCAAGAGUAGCAAAAGGGAGGGAUCGACCACAAUCUACACGCUGAGUAUUGUUUCUGUCCAGGAGAAUAAUGCCGGGCGGUACUUUUGCUUCAUCCAGUACCCAGGUGGCAUAGAACCUGGGGGCGCUGGGAUUGAGUUGAGACCAGGAGAAUCACCACCAACUAGUCCACCCCCCACCAAGAGACCGACGAAACCGACACCGUGCAAUUGUCGGAAACAUGUACGAAACGUACGAAAGGAACCACUGCGAGCUUGUCAUCCCGAAAUUCUGUGGCCUUUGGUUGGAGUGCUCCUCGGUUUGGCUGUAGUUUUGAUCGGCACACUUUAUUACUUCAGCCGACUUCCGAAGAAGUGUCGACACAAAUUUGUCAAAAAACAGCAAUUAAUGUGAUGUCGAGGUGGACCAAUACAGAUAUAUGGCCCAUGCAGAAGAUGACACUUGCUUUCUUGGAAACUUUUAUCACACAGAACUCAAAAAAGAAAAGUAUUUUCUUCUUUUCAAGAGUGUUCGCCUCUGUGAAUGAAACAAUUUUUUCUUAAAAAAAUUCUACACAAUAUGCUAAUUAGUCACAUAACUGUGUAUGAGGGCAUAAAACUGAAAUAAAGUAAAAAAUUAAAUUUAAUGGGAAAAAGAAAGGUAUGAUGGCUAGCACUGUAAUACAUAAAUCUUUUUUCAUAUUUUAACAUCCUGGCUUUCAGUGAAAAUAUUUUCUUCGGCUCAGGAGAGUUUCGUUGUUCGGUUGUUAUCCAACCCCUAGGUUGCAAUCAGUUUCUUGUGGUUUUCCCUUCCAGCCCUUGCUUUUCUCUAAGAAAUAAAACUAGUUCCAGAAAAUUCUAUAACUUCUAAAAUCCCAAUGUCGUCGCCUCAAUCGUUUAUAAAGAAUAUAUGCUACUGCAAUGUUUUAUAGGAAAACAAGUAUUGUGUCACUGCAUAUUUUUGUAUCUUUCUAUGCAUCAAA